AUGAGUUGGUGGAACUGGACAUCAGAUGCAGGUUUCAUUCUGGCUGGACUAUCCAGUGAUGAAAGAAUACAGACAUUUUUGUUUGUGAUAUUCUUCCUCUUAUACCUUAUAUCACUGGGUGGAAAUUUUACCAUCACAGCUACCAUAUGGUCAGACAGUAAACUACACACACCCAUGUACUUCUUCCUGGGAAACUUAUCAUUCUUGGACAUUUGCUAUUCUUCAGUAACUGUGCCCAAGUUGUUGUUGGGUCUGGUGGGGGGCAGUUCGGAGAUCUCAUACAGAGGGUGUAUGACUCAGCUUUAUUUCUAUGUCUCCUGCUGCAGCACAGAAUGUUUGCUGCUUUCCGUCAUGGGCUAUGACAGAUAUGUGGCCAUAUGUGACCCUAUGCACUACACCAUCAUCAUGAACAAACACAAAUGCCUCCAUCUGGCUGUAGGUAUUUGGCUUGUUGGCUUUGCAACAUCAGUUAUACACACCAUUUUCACAGCUCAGUUGCCAUACUGUAAUUCACACAGGAUCUCUCAUUUCUUCUGUGAUAUCCCACCAAUGCUGAAGCUGGCAUGUACUGACACUUUUCUUAACAAGAUUCUAAUCCUCACAGCAGGAGGAUUUUUAGGGCUCAGCUCAUUUUUUCUCACUCUGGUUUCCUAUAUCCAAAUUAUUUCAAGCAUUUUAAAAAUACAUAGUAACGUUGGCAGAAGAAGAACAUUUUCCACUUGUGCUUCUCAUCUGGUGGUGGUCAUCAUCUUCUUUGGAAGCAUAAGCUUCAUGUACAUGAGGCCAACAUCUAGCGAUUCCUUAGAACAAGACCAGCUAGUAUCUCUUCUCUAUGCUGUUUUGACUCCUGCAUUAAACCCUAUUAUCUACACCCUAAGGAAUAAGGAGUUCAAAAUGGCUCUUAAAAGGAAAGUAAAUCAAAUGUUAUUUUCAGUAGAAUAG